AGCUUCAAGAGAGUGAAACUGCAGACUUUGAGACGACAUUAAGGCUAGGAGCCAGGGGUGCAACCAUACACAACUGACAGAGGUCCUGGGAGAUAAAGCUGAUAACUGUAAAGAACAAUGCCAUAUUGAAAUACUUGAAGCCUGGGACCAGCUUCAAUAUUUACUGAUAUUUGUCCAAGAUAACACACAAAAAUUGACAGUGGGGAGAGAUCUUCUGGAUGCGUUGGCCACUUGACAAGUGAACCAAGUUCAGGUCUGGCAGGGACUGCGGCAACGGGGCAAUGAAAAUGGGCCACCUUCUGCAAUCUCCAGGAGUCUUUCUCCUGUUGUUGCUACUCAUUACAUCUUGCCAUGGUUGCAGUGGAACACCAACAGUGUGCAAAAGUUGUAAACCACUGCACCCACAACAACACUUCUGCCAUUCAGAUUUUGUACUCCAAGGAAAAGUUCUGAGCAUGGAAAAUGUUUCAGAGGAAGAUCUCAUCCCCAAGAGAUCUCAGAAAAAAGGGAGAGCACCAGCAGCAACAACUGCUGCAAUAGCGGCAGCAACUAUUGCAGCAACAAGCACCCUGACAACAAGCACCUUGGACGCCGAUGUAGACCAAUCCAAAGAGGCCCUCAUCACCACUUCAACACCUCCUUCAAAUCAACAGGCAACCUUGGGAGUGUCUCCCAUCAAUGAUAGGUUAUCUUUGCAACCAAGGUCGACAACCGCAUUGUCUGAUGGAGAUCUGAGAGCAGCGCACAAACUGCAUGGCAACAUCACCAAGUACAAAGUGAAAAUCAACAAGAUUUACAAGGGACCGGAGUGGAUGGCAAAUGGACAUUAUGUAAUUAUUCAAGCUGAAACAGCAGGGCUGAGCUGUAAGCAGAAAUAUCUACAAAACGAUGAGGAGUAUUUACUAAGUGGAAGUGUAUCUGGGGGUGAUUUCAUUCAUCGCCAGUGUGACUGGAGAACAUCUUGCGAGGAGAUGACAUCAACAUUAUUUCGACAUCUCAGACACGUGUACCCAAGGCAGUGUAACUCCUGCCAGAUUGAGACACCCAUAGAAACAUCUGAAUCACAGAACUUUCAAGUUCGAAAUGUUUCCACACACUGUAUCUACAACCCAAGGAUCUACACUGACAGAGGACUGCUAGAUUGUGAGGGUCUGUAUUCAGCAUGUCAGAAAACUAAACAAGGCCUGUGUUCAUGGUCGAGGCACCAGAGAAUGAGAGAGUGUGACAGCAUGAGAAAGAAAUUCUUGAAUUAUCCACCUCCAGUGACAACUUUUCCAUGUACUAAGACCUUCCCAUCAACUCCUAAUUCUCAUGGUACUGGUGAAAGGCAUCAUGCACCUCCAAUCCAAAAUACACCACCUGGCUUGAGGCAUUCUCAAAUUCAUUCUAGAGCUGGAAAGGAUCAAAUGGAAAAAUUAACCAGUGAAAAUCUUCCUCUACUACCUGCUGACAAGAAGCCGAACAGUACUGAUGAUAACAAACAAGGGACUCCCCUAAUCUUCACUGGCCCAACAGAGCAAGGAGCUUCACCAGACUUACACCGAGAUCCUCCCAUUGCUGAUUCCCCAGCCACGCCCGCCCAAGCUUCAGAAGAGCCAAGCCCUUUCUCCAGCUCCUAUGUACAUAUGCCUGACCACGCUGUGGCCUUGCCUCUGCCGCCUGUGGCAAGCAGGGAGGCAUUUGACAUCUUGCAAAAGAUAACACUGCAGCAUUUUGAGAAACAAAGGGAAACAGCGGCAGAUGAAUACAGACAAGUGGAAAUAUCAACUUUGUCACCUCAUAAAGAUGCCAAACAGCAUUCCACAGAUUUGAAAGACUUGAACAAAUCCCCUCCCUUGCAUAUCGAUCUCAAGAUGAAUUCGUCAACCAGCGAAAUGGAACCAGUUACUGGUGCUGAUGUGACAUCAAAAAAAGUAACAGUCCAUCCUAGGAUUACAGUUGAUCAUCAUCAGCAUGAAUCAAGUGAAAGUUCAGAGAUUGGCAAACACAACAUGGACUUUCAUUACUCCCAGGUUGCUCUAUCAGGCGUCGAUCCACAGGCGCAUCAAGAUGACUUUGGGAGCAACCCUUUAAAUGUCCCAUCCUCCAAGCCUGACAUGCCUGAUGCCUUCCUACAUCCACCUGCUGAUCAUCACAAAGCUAGAGACAUCUUAGAAAAGAUUGCUCACCAAGUCAUGAGUCAUAAACAAUGAAGGUCAAAGUACAAUCUGCAAAAUUAAAACUGCUGUAACUUCAGUUGAGAAAAAGUAAAUAAAUUCUGCCAAAUUUAAAACUUUGAGUUGUUAAUUAUGAAUCUGGUCUACUAUCAAGGCACCAAAAUUGGGAAAAUAUAAAAUUUAGAAAAUGUAAUCAAAAGUUCAUUGUACUUGCUGUUAUUAUCUGUAGCAACGGAAAUAAUACCUUCAUAUUAAAACACACACACAGGCACUACAGCUGUGAGGACAACAGAAGUGGAAAGAUAUUUAUUGUUGGACAAAUAAGUUAUGGAAAUAAUUUUUGUCCCCACAACUUUGUCCCAGAUUUUCUGACAACAAAGUUGUCCCUGCAACACACGGCCGGACAGGGCAUGGAUAGAUACUCAGAAUUCCAGCUAGCAGAUUUGAAUAAAUCACCACUGAAACUUCAGCUAAAUUCAAA